AGAGAUCUUUUUCUGUUCAGAGGAAGUGAAACUGUUCUUCAGUCUCUGGCAGCAGCUGAAAUGGAGCAGCAAGAAGUUCAACUGGACAGAGAAAGUUUCUCCUGUUCGAUCUGUCUGGAUCUACUGAAGGAUCCGGUGACUACUGGCUGUGGACACAGCUACUGUAAGAGCUGUAUUAACACCCACUGGGACAAUGGGGAGGAGAGAGGAAGCUACAGCUGUCCUCAGUGUAGACAGUUCUUCACACCGAGGCCUGUCCUGGAGAAAAACACCAUGUUAGCUGAUUUAGUGGAGGAGCUGAAGAAGACUGGACUCCAAGCUGCUCCUGCUGAUCACUGCUAUGCUGGACCUGAAGAUGUGGCCUGUGAUUUCUGCACUGGGAGAAAACUGAAAGCUCUCAAGUCCUGUUUGAAUUGUUUGGCCUCUUAUUGUGAAAAACACCUCCAGCCUCAUCUUCAGGCAGCUCCAUUUAAGAAGCACAAGCUGGUGGAGCCCUCGGAGAAGCUCCAGGAGAACAUCUGCUCUCGUCACGACGAGGUGAUGAAGAUGUUCUGCCGCACUGAUCAGCAGUGUAUCUGUUAUCUCUGCUCUGUGGAGGAACAUAAAGACCACGACACAGUGUCAGCUGCAGCAGAAAGGACUGAGAGGCAGAGAGAGCUCGGGCUGAGGAGACAAACAAUCCAGCAGAGAGUCCAGGACACAGAGAAAGACGUGAAGCUGCUUCAACAGGAGGAGGAGGCCCUCAAUGGCUCUGCUGAUAAAGCAGUGGAGGACAGUGAGGAGAUCUUCACUGAGAUGAUCCGUCUGCUGCAGAAAAGAAGCUCUGAUGUGAAGCAGCAGAUCAGAUCCCAGCAGAAAACUGAAGUGAGUCGAGUCAGAGAGCUUCAGGAGAGACUGGAGCAGGAGAUCACUGAGCUGAAGAGGAAAGACCAGGAACUGAAGCAGCUCUCAGACACAGAGGACCACACCCAGUUUCUACACAACUACACCUCACUGUCACCACUCAGUGGAUCUACACACUCAUCCAGCAUCAGGAUCCGUCCUCUGAGGAACUUUGAGGACGUGACAGCAGCUGUGUCCCAGGUCAGAGGUCGACUACAGGACAUUCUGAGUGAGACAGAGACACAGAUUUUACAGAUUGUGUCUCAAGUGGAUGUUUUACUGCCACAUCCAGAGCCAGAGACCAGAGCUGACUUCUUAAGAUAUUCACAGGAAAUCACACUGGAUCCAAACACAGCAAACAAAUAUCUGUUAUUAUCUGAGGGAAACAGAAAAACAACAUAUAUGAGUAAACAUCAGUCUUAUUCUGAUCACCCAGACAGAUUCACUGGCUGGCCUCAGGUCCUGAGUAGAGAGAGUCUGACUGGACGUUGUUACUGGGAGGUGGAGGUGGGGAGCAGAGGAGUUGGUGUAUCAGUCACAUACAAGAAUAUCAGCAGAGCAGGAAACUCAGGUGAAUGUGCAUUUGGAUACAAUGAUAAAUCUUGGUCAUUAUAUUGUUAUGUAAACAGAUAUAACUUUUAUUACAACAGCAUCUACACUCCAGUGUCAGGUCCUGUGUCCUCCAGAGUAGGAGUGUACCUGGAUCACAGUGCAGGUGUUCUGUCCUUCUACAGAGUCUCUGACACCAUGACUCUCCUCCACAGAGUCCAGACCACAUUCAUUCAGCCUCUCUAUGCUGGAGUUUAUGUUUAUCAAGGAUCCACAGUUGAGUUGUGUAAACUCAAAUCCUCGCUUCCCCGCGGAGAUGUAGGAGGAGAAGCCCGUGGUGCUGCUAUCGGCAGCUCGGAUGCGGCGGCCAGUCCCGCGCCGACCUGCUCCCCGGGGGGGCCGGCCGGCCGGCACUGUGGUGUGGUCGACCAGUGCCGGCCCCGCUGGGCAGCGGGUCCCCGUCGCUCCGGUACCAGAGGAGCCGUGGGGGCUCCCGUCCCAGCGCUCGUAGCAGCAUCAGGACCGGGCGGAGCCGGGUCACUCCGCUUCGGACAGGCUCUCACCAGCAGAGAUCUGGUUCUGUUCAGAGGAAGUGAAACUGUUCUACAGUCACUGGCAGCAGCUGAAAUGGCGCAGCAAGAAAUUCACCUGGACAGAGGAAGAUUCUCCUGUCCGAUCUGUCUGGAUCUACUGGAGGAUCCGGUGACUACUGGCUGUGGACACAGCUUCUGUAAGAGCUGUAUUAACACCCACUGGGACAAUGGGGAGGAUAGAGGAAGCUACAGCUGUCCUCAGUGUAGACAGACCUUCACACCGAGGCCUGUCCUGGAGAAAAACACCAUGUUAGCUGAUUUAGUGGAGGAGCUGAAGAAGACUGGACUCCAAGCUGCUCCUGCUGAUCACUGCUAUGCUGGACCUGAAGAUGUGGCCUGUGAUGUCUGCACUGGGAGAAAACUGAAAGCUCUCAAGUCCUGUUUGAAUUGUUUGGCCUCUUAUUGUGAAAAACACCUCCAGCCUCAUUUUCAGUCAGCUCCAUUUAAGAAGCACAAGCUGGUGGAGCCCUCGGAGAAGCUCCAGGAGAACAUCUGCUCUUGUCACGACGAGGUGAUGAAGAUGUUCUGCCGCACUGAUCAGCAGUGUAUCUGUUAUCUCUGCUCUGUGGAGGAACAUAAAGACCACGACACAGUGUCAGCUGCAGCAGAAAGGACUGAGAGGCAGAGAGAGCUCGGGCUGAGGAGACAAACCAUCCAGCAGAGAGUCCAGGACACAGAGAAAGACGUGAAGCUGCUUCAACAGGAGGAGAAGGCCCUCAAUGGCUCUGCUGAUAAAGCAGUGGAGGACAGUGAGGAGAUCUUCACUGAGAUGAUCCGUCUGCUGGAGAAAAGAAGCUCUGAUGUGAAGCAGCAGAUCAGAUCCCAGCAGGAAACUGAAGUGAGUCGAGUCAGAGAGCUUCAGGAGAGACUGGAGCAGGUGAUCACUGAGCUGAAGAGGAAAGACCAUGAACUGAAGCAGCUCUCAGACACAGAGGACCACAACCAGUUUCUACACAACUACCCCUCACUGUCACCACUCAGUGGAUCUACACACUCAUCCAGCUUCAGGAUCCGUCCUCUGAGGAACUUUGAGGACGUGACAGCAGCUGUGUCCCAGGUCAGAGGUCGACUACAGGACAUUCUGAGUGAGACAGAGACAGAGAUUUUACAGAUUGUGUCUCAAGUGGAUGUUUUACUGCCACAACCAGAUCCAGAGACCAGAGCUGACUUCUUAAGAUAUUCACAGGAAAUCACACUGGAUCCAAACACAGUAAACAAAUAUCUGUUAUUAUCUGAGGGAAACAGAAAAGUUACAUGUAUGAGAAAAGAUCAGUCUUAUUCUAAUCACCCAGACAGAUUCACUGUUUGGUAUCAGGUCCUGAGUAGAGAGAGUCUGACUGGACGUGGUUACUGGGAGGUGGAGGUGGGGGUGGGGGGAGUUGGUGUAGCAGUCACAUACAAGAAUAUCAGCAGAGCAGGAGACUCACGUGAAUGUUUAUUUGGAUACAAUGAUAAAUCUUGGUCAUUAUAUUGUGAUAGAAACAGAUAUGACUUUUAUUACAACAGCAUCUGGACUCCAGUGUCAGGUCCUGUGUCCUCCAGAGUAGGAGUGUACCUGGAUCACAGUGCAGGUGUUCUGUCCUUCUACAGAGUCUCUGACACCAUGACUCUCCUCCACAGAGUCCAGACCACAUUCACUCAGCCUCUCUGUGCUGGAGUUAGGGUUUAUCAUUCUGGAUCCACAGCUGAGUUCUGUAAACUCAAAUAGACUUGAGUCAUUAAAGCAGUGAUUUAGAUUCUGUGUGUAAAUCUUUAACUUCUCUUGUCUCCAUGUUUGUUGAUCAAAGUUCGUCGUGGUGACGUUUCUGCUCCGCACAGAGAUCAGCUGUCAAUCAAACGCUGACCUUCCUUUAUCUCACAUAUUCAGUUCUCACUUUGUAAAGACAGAAAUCUAUAAUCACACUGACAUGAAUGUGUUUGAAAGAACUGAUGUUGCUGUUGUUUUCUAAAUCAAUGUAGAAAGCAGGUCGUGUGAUCUUUUAGAACCUGUGUUGAUCCUGAUGAGUGUUGCAAAGGGGCGGAACAUUUCUGGAAACUUUCUGGAAACUUUUCACGGGAAGUUAAGCUCAGGAAUCUUUAUACAGUAGGCUAACUUUUGACAGGCGUAAGACUAUAAUGUAUGUACAGUUGCAAUCAGAAAUAUUAAAACCCCCACAAUGGUUUUAAGGAU